AUGGAUAUGUGGAACAAUAUAAGAAGAAGAAUUCAAUUAUAUGAUAAUGAGGAUGACAAUGAGAGUGUCUUAAUAUUUGCUGCUAUUUUAGAAGAGCAUAACUUCUAUCAAAAGAGCCGUUGUAGGAAUUCAAUUUUACAAGGGGAAGCAUAUGUCAUGGAGAUUCUAAACGGCCAUAGAGAAAAAUGUUAUGAAAAUUUUAGGAUGUACCCUAAAGUUUUUAGAACAUUGACUAGUACCCUGAAAGGUAUAGGGCUGAAGGAUUCUAAAUUUUUAGCUGUAUAUGAACAAGUGGCAAUCUUUUUGCUCAUUUUAUCUCAUAAUCAAAGGAAUCGUGUUGUAGCAGAGAGAUUUCAACACUCCACUGAAACCAUUUCCAGACACUUCCAUGCUGUGUUGCAUGCAAUAUGUCAGUUGGGCACCCAUAUCAUUGCCCCUCCUGAUUUUUCUGUGAUUCCGAAUAAGAUCAGAGAGUCUCCUAGGUUUUAUCCUUACUUCAAGCAUUGCGUGGGAGUUAUAGAUGGAACCCACAUUCCUGCAACUCUGCCAGUAGCUACACAACUUUCAUUUCGUGGUAGAAAGGGCUAUACCACACAAAAUGUAAUGGCUGUAUGUGACUUUGACAUGAGAUUCACAUAUGUGCUAGUUGGGUGGGAAGGCUCUACUAAUGAUUCGAGAAUUCUAAAAGAUAAGUAUUAUUUGGUGGACUUAGGGUAUGCCAAUAAGCUUGGUUAUUUGGCCCCAUUUCGAGGUCAGACUUACCACUUUCAGGAAUACCGUAGGAGUAGACCACCCCGUGGUCGGGAGGAAGUGUUCAAUCAUAGGCAUUCAUCUUUGAGAAAUAUAAUUGAGCGAUGCUUUGGGUUGUUGAAGAUAAGAUUCGCUAUUUUAAAGGCAAUGCCUCCUUAUAAGUUUUCAACACAAGUAUUGAUUAUAAUGGCUUGUUACACAUUACACAACUUCAUUAGAAAUUAA